GUUUCCGCAGUGGUGUUGCAGAGAAACAAACUUUGCCCGUUUGGAUUAUUUCGUGGCUAGUUUGAAAUAAAGACGGCGUCUACACCGUGUCCACAAGGGGCAACAGUAUCGGCGGAGAUUAAAGAAAGUCAGGAAGUGAACUUUUUAAAUGCGAGUUCGACUGUUUUUGUGCUUUGAGGUGAAAGAAAAAAUAAAGCGGGCGGAAGACUCUGGUCACCAUGAUGCCGGGGAGCGGCGGAGUCUACGCGCUGAAGAGGAGGAAGAAACCCGUUCAAAAAAGAGCUGUCCAGAACAAUGUGUGGUCAACCUCUGUUGUCUCUGCAAGCGGCAGAAAUGGGCAGUCUGUGUCCCUGGAUGGAGUUACUUUCUCAGAGGGGGAGCUUCUUCUGCAGGCACUCAGUGGUUUUGUGGUUGUUGUGACGGCUGAUGGAACGCUUUUCUACACAACCCCAACUAUCCAGGACUUCCUGGUCUUCCAUCAGUCUGAUGUGAUGCACCAGAGCAUCUACGACCUCAUCCAUGUUGAUGACAGACAAAUGUUUAAAUGCCAGCUCCAUUUUGCCUUCAACCCCACUGAGGCUGAUUCUGACAUGUCAGCAGAAGAUACGCAUUUGAGUUGAAAAGCCACAUGCAACUCUCAGAACUUCUUGCCUCAGUACAUCCCGCCAGAGAAUUCCUCUUUCCUGGAUAAAAACUUCUGCUGUCGCCUGCGCUGCCUCCUUGACAACACCUCUGGAUUCCUAGCUCUCAACUUCAAGGGCCGGCUGAAGAUUCUGCACUCUGACGGUACAGCAGGGGCUGAUGGGACUGCAUCUGCUCCUGUGCUGGCCCUGUUUGCCAUCGCCACACCAGUGCAGCCUCCUUCAGUCAUGGAAAUCCAGACCAAAACCCUCAUCUUCCAGACAAAACACAGUAUGGACUUUGCCCUUGUGGUAGGACUUGCAUUUAUGAUGAUGACAAUAAUAAUAAUAAUAAAAAGAGCCAAGCUGGUUUUAGGUUAUUCAGAAACUGAGUUGGUCACAACAGGCUCUGGCUAUCAGUUCAUCCAUGCUGCUGAUAUGAUGUACUCUGCUGACAACCAUCUCAGGAUGAUUAAGACAGGAGAUAGCGGCUUCACAUUCUUCAGGCUGCUGACUAAAACAGGCUGUUGGUUGUGGGUUCAGGCUAAUGCCAGAGUGGUUUUCAAAGCAGGGAAACCUGACUUCAUCAUUGCUCGCCAGAAACCCCUCACAAAUGAUGGAGAGGAACAUCUGCUUCAGAGAAGGCAGCAGCUUCCCUUCAACAUUGCCAGAGGUGAAAGCGUCCUAUAUGACUUGUCUCUGGAGGGCUUCUCCACCACUGUCCCUCCCAGCUCCAGUGCAUCAGGCACCAGGGAGCUCAGAGCACAAAAAACCCUGGACCCUGCCUCGCUGCUGGGCUCCCUACUCCAGCAGGAUCCCAGUGUUUACACUCAGGCUCAGAAUAUCAGUCCUGAGCUCCUAUGCACCCCAGAAUCAGAUGCUUGUCCUUUUGAAGAAUCCCAGCAGCAGUUUUUGGACAUUGCCUUCAUGGACAGUCAUGCUUUCCUUAGUGUGCCGGGCCAGCAGCAGAGUCCACAGAAGGCCACCACCAUAGGAGACCUCACAUCAGAAGCUAUGAUCGACUCUUUGGAGCAGAUCCUGAGAAACAUCGGGGACAGAGGGCUGGAGGGUAUUGAUGUUGGUGACGCUGAGCUGAGGGACUGGGAAAAUACCCUCAUCAAAAUGAAUAAGGAGAGAGGUGACACAUCAAGGGUGCUAAAUUGCCUCCUGGCCAGCGACGUCUUCUCCUAUGUAGAGGAGGAGCUGAGGAAGGAGGCUGGUGGGUUGGAAGCUUCAGGAAGUGUCAAUACAGUACUCUUUCAAGGCCAGCAUCCUGGGACUGUGUUGCUUAGCAACCAUGGUGGAGACAGCACCAGCUGCUCACACGGUCUGAAUCAGUGUCACCAAAUGAAAGAUGUGAAGUCUGGAGACAAGACUUUUGGUGAUAAUUUGACCGGACUGAAAACUGUUUCUGGUGUUUGUAACAUUGACCUAGGCCACACGUCAACGUUGUGGCAUCCAGGCAAUUAUCACCAUGACAACCAAAUGCUGUCUGCAGAGUCUUAUGAUGCUGCUCAUUCACAGCCCGGAAGGACAGACGGCUCUGGGCUGCAGUCUACAUGUAGCCACUCCAACAGCACCAACCAGUCGGGUUUGGAAAUCACUGAGCAGAACUUCAACCACCUGAGAUUACAACAGCAGCACACGCACUCACAGCUUCAGCCACGGUGUCAGCAGCAGCAGGUGCAGCAGCCUUUUCACCAUCCCACUGCAGCAGCUCAGUCACUGCAACACGGCCCACAGAGGCAACACACAUCCAGCAGCUGCAUGUAUGAAAAAAGAGACGUGCACAUACCGAGCUCUGCUCCUCACAGGUAACACGGGUUUUAUCUAGGUCCCACUUAUUCCAGAGAGUCCACUCACACGCCCUUCACCCUGUCCCAUCGUGACAUGAGCUGCUUGGUCAGAGACGUGUGGACUGAUGCUCCAGACCUCCGGUCAGCUUCUGCAGACAUGCCCAGCCUCAGGUUGUGCCAUUUGAGUGCCGACAGCUCCAGUCUGGUAGCAUCUGUGUCUGAAAAUCCUGCAGAACAUGGAUCGUUACAGUCUUCAUUCUUCAGGUGGAACGGCAACGCUCAGAUCCCCACAGUUCCCCAGAAUGGCACUGUUGAUCCGUUCACCUUCCCCGAUCUUCCCACUAGGAACAUCAACGUUUCCCAAAGCAACACUCCACCGCCGCUGCAGCACCACACCCACAACCUCUGAUUGGACAAUAAGUUGCGUGUCAGUAAUUUGGAUCAGUAAUCAGCUUGUGGACAGUGAGGCUGCUCGUCAUCGCUGAUUUGUUAGAGGCGGCAACUUGAUGCUUCGUGAGGAAGGAUUCAAGGGAAUGUGCUUCAAACAGUUAAAACCUGCACCAUGUGUUCAUCUCAGCUGUAUCCAACACAUCUUUUGUGUUGUUCAUCUUGUUAAAUUCUGUAUUCAUAAAAUAAAAUGA